GAGAUCCUGAAAGAAGCAAUGAAAUGGGCUCCUUCGGUCACAAAGUCCCACCUACAGGAGUAUCUGAACAAGCAUCAGAUCUGGGUGUCAGGACUGUCACAGCACACUGGCCUUGCAAUGGCCACAGAGAGCAUACUUCACUUUGCAGGCUACAACAGACAGAGUACUACACUAGGCGCUGCUUUCCCUCAGACCACCCAGCUGACAGAGAGACCAGCAUGUGUGAAAAAAGACUACUCCAACUUCAUGGCGUCACUCAAUCUGCGAAACCGGUACACAGGAGAGGUGGCUGGUAUGAUCCAGUUCUCAGAGGCGACUCACAGCCAGUCGGAUCUCAACAAGUUGAUGAUCCAUCAGAUGACCAGUGCUCUAGAUAAAAAAGACCCCGAGGCCUUCACCCAGGCCAUGUUCAAGAUGGCUGCCCUCCUUAUAACUACCAAAAACUGCGAUCCACUGCUCUUGCACCAUCUUUGUUGGUCUCCUCUGAAGAUGUUUACAGAACAUGGCAUGGAAACUGCCAUUGCCUGCUGGGAAUGGCUACUGGCUGCGCACAAUGGGGUGGAAGUGCCAUUCAUGCGUGAAGAUGGCACUCGUUGUAUUUGUGUUUAA